AUGUGGAGACAAGUGAAAAAUUUAAACUUUUAUUGGCAUAUUGUCCUGGCCGCCAUCUUGCGAGCGAUAUUCGUUUGCUACGGCAUAUACCAUGACGAACAUUUUACGGUUUCAUACACGGACAUUGAUUACAAAGUAUUUACGGACGCGGCUCGUCAUGUUUUAGCAAAUGAGUCCCCAUACGCCAGACACACCUACCGCUACUCACCUUUGAUGGCAAUUAUUUUAACACCGAAUAUUCUAUUGCAUCAUGCGUUCGGUAAAAUACUGUUUUCCCUGGUCGAUUUGCUAGUCGCGGUUCUCAUUCGUGCAAUUGUUCUGAAGGUCAUUGCACAACAUGAGGUAUUUAAAAGCACUAAUACUAAUAAUGGACAGAUCACAGAAAAAGGUGAUGGUAAUAACAAAACAGAACUUAACAAGCCUUCACUGAAAAGCAUCCGGAACCGAAGUCGAAAGAGCAAGCAUGAAAAAUAUGACAAAAAGUUUAUUUAUAAGUUCAAGAGCGAUAACGAAGUUCAAGCUGACGUGGCAGCCAUGUUGUGGUUGUAUAAUCCAUUAACAAUUGCCAUCGCUACCAGAGGCAGUUGUGACUCCAUGGCAGGACUUUUCGUUCUUCUAUCAUUAUAUUUGCUUCAAUGCAAGAAGAAGUACUUCUCCGCAGGAUUAGUGCACGGAAUUUCGGUACAUUUUAGGCUGUAUCCGAUUAUAUACAGUCUUGCAAUGUUCAUGUACCUUAGUAAAUAUUCUUACUACACAACGAAUAGGUUUACAUAUGCAAAAAAUCAAGCACGUCUGCUCCAGAUUCAAAAUCAGCAGAAUGGCAAUACUAACAAUGGAAAGAAGUCGAAGAAGGAACUGAAAAACGCCGAAAACCGCAUGAUGCAGCAGAAACAAGACAAAACUGUCGCGCAAUUCAAUGAAGGGCCAUUAAUCAUCGACCAACGCAAGACUAUAUUCAAAUUGGUGUAUUUGAUGCAUCUAUGGCCGAAUCUUGACCAGUUACGAUUGGUUUUUGGUUGCCUUCUUUCUCUGGGCAUCGUGACUGGUAUUUUCUACUAUCUUUACGGCUACACUUUCCUUUUUGAAACAUACAUUUAUCACCUAAUUCGCACAGACACCAGACACAACUUUUCGUUAUUUUUCUACCUGCAAUACCUAACUGCUGGUGUGAAAAAUAUCGGUAUGUGGCAGAAGGUGCUAAUCGGUUUGCCGCAGCUAGUGCUCCUAUUGGUGUUCUCUGUACGCUACGGUUUGAACAAAUUCUCGCUGAAUUUCUCCAUCCUGACGCAGACGAUCACGAUGGUCACCUACAAUACGGUGCUCACUUCGCAAUACUUCGUUUGGAUUAUGGUCGUGCUACCGCUAAGCGUGUGGCAGAUCAAAAUGUCGCUGAAGAUGGCAGCGUUUUUUGUGCUGAUUUGGUUCGCAGCACAAGCGGCAUGGCUGAUGCCAGCUUAUUUCCUAGAGUUUCAUGGUCAAAAUACGUUCCUGUUCAUUUGGCUGCAAAGCGUUUCGUUUUUCUGCGCCAAUGUAGCUAUUCUCGGCAGACUGAUUAUGAAUUACAUGCCAGCGCGCAAGGAAAAAGUUAAAAAUAAUUAAAAUAUGUAGAAAGUUAACAGUUACCUCUAAAGUAUGAGAAUAGUUAGAAUUUAAAAUUUUGUGUGAUUUUUAAGGGGUAGGUAAUUUGUAAGAGUUUGUCACGUUUGUAUCACCACAAAAAUAAAUACCAAAUUGAAACUCGUAA